AUGAACCGCUAUCUUCUAAUUCUACUUCUGGCUUCCGACGUCCGAGCUGACUGGUUUUUGGGAUGCGAAGAUUUUGAUCUGAGCACUUACAAGCGACCCGUUCACAUCAACGGCCAUCUUAUUCUGCUUUUGCAUUCGAAUGAUGAUGAUUUCGAGGUAAAGUUCAUUGGGGCCCAGAUUUUUCGGGUCGACGACAGUUCGGGUCAACACAAAAUAGAUUGAUACGGAGCGUAGGACAGGUGGAUACCCCAAAAAAGAUUGCAGGAAAUGCCUACCAGGCCUGGCAAAGCCGUUGGAUCGGCGGACGACCGGAGAAGGCUCGGCGAAGACUUGGCAAAGACUUGCGAUAUUUCCACUUUUUAAAUUUUAGCCAUAAUAAUACUAACUUCAGUUUUUUGCCCUGGGUUAUCGUAGCUUAUAAAAGACCAAAAUUUGCGGCAGAAAACAAAGUUACAUGACUUUUAUCUAGGAGUUAGACAAAUGGUGAGGCUAAGCCUUCUCUUAGCCUCACCAUGCAUACAACGACGAACCAACACGAUUCAUAGUAUCGUUGACCCGAACUGUCGCUGCCCCAAAAAGUCGUAUAGCCAAGUUUAUCGCUUUCUUGAUGAAACUUGUCAGCUUAUUGAGCAACUAAUUUCCGCAUUUAUUUCUCUGUUUCAGACCAUUUUCAGUGAUGCUUUGCUCACUGAGAUCGCCUGCAAGGCCUUGCAAGCCGACACCAACCAAACGGUUGGUCGUCGGAUCUCAGCGGUUGACUUGAAUGGUAUCUGGAGCUUUGAGACCAACCACGAAAAGCCGGUGUUCACUCCGUUUAAUGAUGAAGAUGGACGUUUCGGUGAGUUUUAAUUUCCACCUUGCUUUUUUCUCGAAAUUCGCUAAUUUUUUUUAUUUUCAGACUUGUAUCUUGGGGCUGAUGUCACAGAAAACUGCAGAAAAGUAGUGGAAUUAGAAAGGAGAUUGUCUGGCGCCAUCGAUCUCACCGAUCGACUACUGAAACAUGUGAUUUACACUCAAAAACCAGAGGAAAAUUGCAGGUUGGACGAGCUGAUUACGGUAGGCAGACAAAAAAGUGCUAUGACCGAUGAUUUGCAGGAAAUUCGCGGCGUCUACAGGCCCCCUUUCACGACGCAUCCAGAAUUCGCCGUGGUCUUGCAUCGGAUGCGGCAAGAAAGGGAGGGACAUGUAGACGACGACUCGCAUGAAACGGUUGGAAAAUGCCCAGAGGGGACCAUGCUUUCAACAUGUAUUGCUGUUGACCUAGUGCCUGGAGUUAGCAUGGUUUUGCGCACGUCUAAUAGUAAGUCGGUGGAGUUCUACAGUGACGGACCUGAUCCAAUGGCAAAAAACGUACCAUUUUGUGUCCGGGAAGCAUGAAAAAUGUGGGAAAAUGCGAUCAGGUCCCCCACUAUAACAAUUGGCAAACCUUAGAUUUGAAUUUCCGGCCAGCUUUUCUCAAUUUUCAGAAUUGAAUAAGCGCUCACGUGCGGCAGAUUUGGCGGCUCUACGACUUUUCGGGUCCUGCGACAGUUCGGGUCAACGAUACUAUGAAUCGCGUCGGUCCGUAGUUGUAUGCAUGGGGAGGCUAGAAGGUUUAGUUAGCAGAAAUAAUAAGAUUGAUCGGGCCCAAGGAUAGCUUAUCACCUGUUUUGAGGUACUUUCCAUGUGCUCACAUCAAUAAUAUCUCGAUAAAAGCUACGGAUCUUUGUUUUUUGCCGCAAAUUUUGGCCUUUUAUAAAUUACGAUAACCCAUGGCAAAGAAAAUUAACGUUAGUAAUAGCUAAAAUUAGAAAAAAUGGAUAUAUUGCAAGUCUCCUCCAAGUCUCCGCCGAGCCUUCGUCGAGCGUCCGCUGACCAUCCAACGGCUUUGCCAGGCCUGAUAGGCAUUUCCUACAGCCUUUUUUUUGGGUAUCCAACUGCCCUACGCUCCGUAUCGAUUGAUUUUAUGUUAACCCGAACUGUCGUCGACAUAAAAAGUCGGGACGCGGAUUUGGCCAAUGAGCCAAUAAUUCAUAAAUGUCAGAUUUUGAAUCGGCGUGACAUGUUCAUAUUUUCUUUUUUAGGCUCACACGCCGUAAACGAGUUCCUUUCUGAACUGAACAAGCUAAAUGCAGAAGUUGAAUAUAUCAUCGAUUAUGCCGAGAACAAUUUGCAACGGGUCUUGCCAAUCAGCAUGCACAGGAACUCGGAUUUGACCGCAUCCUUGGCGGUGUAAGUGUAAACGCCCUCCGAGUCACCUUUACUGGACUUUUUGAGUGGUUGAAUACUUUCAGAACUGUCGUCAAGGAAGUUUUUUGCAUCUUCUCGGGGAUCGUCUUCUUGGCCAGUGCAUGUUUACUGGCCCUCUCUGUGCCGCUCGCCCUUUCAAUGAACCUCAACGAAUCGAUGGUUUUGGGUAAGGGAUACGCCUAAAACUUGAGUAAAUUUGACCAGACAUCAACACACGCCGGUUCCACGAGACUGCAAAUCAAGGGAAUCGAAAUGCAAUUGCCCAACAAGGAGGAAAUCAGCAAAAUAAUGGGGAAGAGAGGCCUGAAAAUGGACAGAAUCAGCAGCCAGUUGCAAAUGCAGAAAAUCCAGUUGGAAAUGUGAACGCAGAAUAA